UCUCAUAAUAGCUUUAAAUCCCCAAUUUAUCUCCCUCUUUUCCUUUUUAUUCAUCCUCUUCAAUUUUUCUUCAUUGAUUUCUCUACAUUUUUAUACCAUUUAACGUAAAGAUCCAUUAUUAAACCGAAAAAGGAUCAAUAUAUACAUAAAUAUAUAUGUUUCGACGAUACUUUUCUUUCGUAACUCUCAUAGGACUUGCUUUAGCCGGUGGAGCUUAUGCCGCAAAUUCAUCUCCACCUUCUCCACCGUCAGAUAGUAGCACCGAGAAAUCUCCUCCGGCGACCCCCUCCCUCCCCUCGUUGAACGCAACGUUCGUUCCAGAUUACUCCGAUUACGAAGUCCCGAUGAAUCUAGCACCUGAUGGAGUCGAAAUCGUGCAAGAUUACGUGCCAAUUGUUCAAGAUGAAGAUAAAGAAGCUGAUGAGCUUGAAGGUAAAUCAGAUAAGAAAGCAAAUCAACCUAAGGACUCAGCUUCUUCUUCUUCUUAUUCUUCCUCUUUCGUCGUCUUUGUCGUUGCUGCUGGAUUGUUUUUAUUUUGAGGGUUAAUAAAACUAUGUUUUUGGCUCAUAAUCCAUUAAUUAAUUGUAUGCAUGCAACGUAAAUUUAAUGGAUUUUUUUUGUCUUUUUCUUUUGGUAGCAUAUCAAUCUGAGAUCCAAUAGAACUGGUUCUUUUUUUUUUUCUAUCGAGUUGGUUAGUCAAAAACAAAAACUUACAAUUUGUUAAUUAAAUAGAAAUGUGUCCUUUUAGUACGUAACCUAAAAUCAAC